AUGACGUUACUGGAGGAUUUGAUCCGGGCGAUAGAGCUCUGGCUUCGGAUUGCAAAGGAGCAGGUGCCCUUGGUUGAUCCCACCCUUGACCCAGUGUUACUUGUUCCUGGUAUUGCUGGUUCCAUCCUUGAAGCUGUCGAUGAGGAAGGAAACAAGGAGAGAGUUUGUUAUUCUAAUGGAGCAGGUAAAACUGUUUCUGUUAACGAGAAAACAAGAAUCACUGUCCCUGAGGACAGAUAUGGUUUGUACGCCAUUGACACAUUAGACCCAGACUUGGCCACCGUGGUCGUUCACCCGGAGAAAGAAGGGCGGCGGCAUGUGGAAGUUAGGGCUGUGGGUGUCAGCCAUGGUGGCUAA